AUGGGGUGUACACCUUCUCACAGCGACAUUGUUAACAGCGUGGCUAAGAGUGGCAUCCAGUUUUUUAAAAAGCCCAAAGCGAUUCUGCCAGAAGGUCAGAGAAGCAGUGAAAGACAUUCCAUCCCUUUGCUGGUUCAAGGCUCCACCUGCUAUGACUCUGGGGGGUGCUUGUCCCAGGAGCAGAGGCCAGCAGAGGCACAGCCAGGUCCCAAAUGGACCCAAACCAUGACUAAAGGUCCCUGUCAGCUCACAAAAGAGCCCACUGCAGGCAAAAGGAAAGAUCUGGAAGGACUGAUCACAGAAACCAAAACCACCCCAUCUCAGCUGAACAAAUCACAAAGCCACAUGGCUAAGGACAUUCCAUUCAAGACACAGAGCUCCUGUGGGUCACAAGGGACAGCCUUUUCUGGGGAAGAAAGUGAAGAAAGUAAUACCCAGGAGACCUCCAAAUGGGAAAGGAAGCCGAGAUGCCACAGGUCAGGCAAACAGGGCCACUGCUGCCAAACCACCCUCCCUGCUCAGGGGUCUGAAGGCAAAGUGGACUUUCCCGAGCCCCUGGUGAAGGCCCACCAGCACGCUUACGCCUAUCUGCACUCCUGCCUCUUCAAAUUCGAAGCGAUUCUGAGCCUCACACAUCAGGCCACCCAGACCCAGGAGCUGCUGCAGCCCAUGGUCAGCUUCCUGCUGCUGUGCUUUGAUGAGGUCAACCAGCUCUUGGGGGAGAUCUCCAAGGAUGGGGAAGUGCUCCUCCAGGAAGUGAGGGAGGAUCUGGCUGGGCCAUUGAGGAAAGGAGAGGCUGGGGAGCAGCCAGAUCUCCUGCAACAGCUUCUGCAGUACACGGUCAGCAGGCUGCAGGCGCUCAGGGGCACUGUGGCCUCAGUCACUAGCAGCUUCCUGGAGGGCUCCAGCAGCUACCUCCAAGCCACCGCAAGCCACUUGGGAAGUAAGCUGAGCAUGAAGAGGGGUAUGGAUGAACACCUCCUAAGGGCUCUGGGGCAGCUGGAGAGCUUGGCAAGUGGCCACAGUGACAUUAGGGUGCAGGGUCUACCCUUGUGCUCCGAGGACAGUGGCAUUGGUGCCGACAGUGAGUCCGUGCACCUGGUGGACAAGCUGAGCAAGCAAGCCAGCUGGGACUUAGGGUCGGAGCCUGCAGAAUCAAGGCAGGGAAUUUCACCCAUGGUGGAAGCCAGGCUGUCGGGACAUACUUGGCAGCAAAGUCCAUUUUGGAUGGGUUCAGACAGACCCCAAGACUGCCCACUCUCAAGGCCUCCAAUGGCAAAAGUUCAGCCAGCACCACAGGGAGGAUCAGGGAGCCCAGGCCCCUGCAGCACGGGCCCAGAAAAUACUACCUCCAGGCCUCUGGGGUGGGGCAAGAGCAGUCCAUGUGACUCCUUUGGGCCCGAGAUCUCAGAGGAAGCACAUCUUUCUAAAGGCUCCAGGUGGACGAGUAUUCCAUCCCUCAGUGAAGGGGAGGACAGCAGCUCGAAGGAAGAGGAAGACGAUUUCCAGCCAAGGCCGAGGUCUUCACCUGCUGGCCCGGAAAGCCCAUUUCAGCCACACCCCAGAAGGUUUAGGAGCUCCCAGUCCCAGGAAAUGAUUCUGAAGAUGAAGGAAGCAAUCAGCGAAAGGAUCAAGUUUGUCCCUGUGCCCUCCCAACACCAGGACUGGGCUGAGGAGGAAGAGAGGACAGUGGUCCCACCGAGACCUAGCUCAGUUAGUGGCAGCAGAAGGACCCCCGAGAGGCAGAGGAGGUCCCAGUCAGAGGCAUGUCUUAAGGGCCGCAUGGAGGAGCCCACCCUCCAGGAGCUGCAGAAGGUCCAGAGAGACCUCGGCCAGCGGCUGGAGGUGUUCUACGCCCUGGGCGCACAUCGGCAGGGGCAGAGCCAGGAGCAGGUUCUGCAGCCCAGAGCAGCCUCUCUGAGGCUGCACAACCAGUGCAGGGUCGCCCCGAGCAGCACCAUCAGCAAGCUGAAGGCAUCCCUCACCAAGAACUUCAGCAUUUUGCCAAGUCAGGACAAGAGCAUUUUGCAGAAAUGCAGUCCCCGCCUUGAGGGUGAACAGCCCUGGCAGGAGAAAGCAGAGGGGCUUCCAAACGCCAUCUCGUCAGAGGAGAAGGCCGGCAAGGCUCCCGAGGCCACGGACUGGGACGUCAGAGGCCAUCCCACCAGAAUGUCCGUCAAGAAACUCAUUGAAACUUUCAGUCCCACUGAGGGUCUGAGGACACUGGGGGAGUCCAAGGACUUUGGGCCAAGCCCCUGUCUCAGGAAGUGGGGGGUCCCCAUCAUGCCUCCCAGAUUUCCCAUUUAUAGGGGGCUUGCUCCUUUGUAUCCAAAGCCCCGAAUUUCUCCAGCAGCAGGCAGGGGAUCUCCCCUGGGGGACCCAGGCUGGAGGCCCUUAGCUACUACCUUUCCCCCUCUGCUGACAGCAGAGGCAUCCAAGAGUGAGGAUUUCAACAGUGACGUGGAGGAGGACCCAGAGCACCUCCCUCCACCGCCUCUGGAAAUCCUGAUGGACAAAUCAUUCACUUCUCUGGAGCCCCCCGAAAGCAGUAAGCCAGCAGGAAGCUGCCCCGGCAGGCCCCACAUGCCAGAGCUGGGAGGAGCUGGCCCUGCCCGGAGAACGUGGGCUUCCCCAAAGCUAAGAGCCUCCAUGAGCCCCACUGACCUGCUGCCCAGCAGGACCAGUGCCACCUCCACCAGGCCCCACAGCACAGGGCCAGGGAGCAGCAAGAGUGGCUGCGAUCCUGGAAAACUGGCCUUGGACCUCAACCACCUGCCAACCAGCAAAAACCCAGAGGUGGAGGGCGGCGGGGCUCAGAGUCAGGCGCGAGCGAACAGGGCCGCCAGCCUCUCCAAGCAGCCCCAGAAAGCAAUCCCCUGGCACCAUGGCAGCCACACAUCUAGACAGAAUAGAACCUUGGAACUCAGCAUGCCCAGACCAACUCAAGGGACACAUUCUCCUGAGACCCCAAAGCAGAGCCCAGAGAGAAACCCCCAACUGGUCAGGAAGGCCUCCCCCACAAGGGCACACUGGGCACCCAGAGCAGACAAGAAGCACCCAGGCCUGCCCUCCUCUCACAAACCUGACCAGCCAGCUGGCCCCUCUGUGCCUGGGUCCCCCAGCCCAACGCUCAGCCCCCUGGCGAGUCCUGCAGCAGUGAAGAAAGGAGCUUCCCCGCCACCCCAGCACGAGCUGCCCAGCCCUCUCCCAGAGAGCCCCCGGGCUCAGCGCAAGGUCUCCAGCUCCCCUACCCAGCACGCAGAAGCAAGUUCGCCUGCCUCUGGCCCCUCCCCAUCACCCCCAGUAUCCCCGCCUCAGGGCCCCAAGGAGACAGGAGAUUCUGAAGACAGUCCGGCAGCCGCAGCCAAAGCAUCUGGGAACAAGUGUUCCCUAUUUUGCCCAGCUACCUCCUCUCUGUUUGAAGCUAAAUCGCCAUUCUCAACAGCCCGGCCACGCACCCCAUCUCUGCCACAUGAAACUGGAGGCCCUCGUGGGAAUCCCACAGGAUGCUGGAGGAGCAGCUCAGGACCACGACUGAGGGUGGGCUCACAACAAGGAAUGGCUCUGUGUGCCCUCAACCCUCAGCCCUUCGUCAGGAGGACAGUUUUUGACCGCCAGCCAGGUGUCCGCCUUCGCCCGUCUGUCCCAGGAGCCACCAGCAAUGCUUGUGAACCCCACCUUGGCCAGAGCAGCAGCAGUGAGGAGAGCCUUAGGAAGGACACAGCGCUGUGGAGCAGCCCCGGUGCCUCAGAAUUGAAGGAUGGUGGCAAGAGUGCAUCUGCCCCAGAGCUCUGCGUGCUGGGCCAUGGGCUGCAACGGGAGGCCAGCGCCAGCCGCACGCAGGACAAGCCCCAGAAGAAGAAAGUGGCCGGAUAG